UCUAUGUUGCAGAAGAAAAAACAGGGGCUUCUGUUGACAAGCAUGAGCUCAAACACACUUUCUGCAGUGUUGAAGAAGCUCAUUCAGCGCCUGUGUCUGGAGGAUUUCCCCUGCGGAUACGGCAGCUGGAGAACAACCAAUUCAAAGGGAGCAGAAACAGAGGAGACGGACGCCCUCCUCGACAUGCUGAGCUGCAGUCACUCUCCAUGGCGGGUCGAUGCUUCAUGGAGCCCCCAGGCUUCAGCUCUGAGACGGAUGGCUGUGCUCACACCCGAACGCCUGAGUACUGACUUUGUCUACAGAUACUUUAGCACACUUCGCGUCGUGGACAAGGAGGUGUCAGUUAUUGACGACGGCCUGUUGAGGUUCUCAAAGCUGGAGGAACUGGUGCUGAGUGCCAACAGAAUCUCCCAGAUCCCUGCAGAAAACCUUCCCAGCACUUUGAAGAUUUUGGAGCUUUGUGCCAACGAGGUGUCUGCUCUGGACGGUCUCACCAGGCGCCCGCCUCCUCGCCUGCAGUACCUCGGCCUCGGCUCAAACAGACUGGGCUCCCAUGACGACGCUUCUCAUCUUACAGGAAGGCACUGGCCUCAGCUGGUGUGUCUGGACCUGAGCGACUGCGAGUUUCAGGACCAGCGGGCCCUCCUGAGCGCUCUGAGCACGCUGCCCUGCCUCAGGACGUUGGUGCUGCAGGGUAACCCCUUCACUCUGGCGUCCUGCUACCCCGGCCUCACCGUGGACAGUCUGCCACAGCUCUCCUGCCUGGACGCCGUGUGGAUCUCCUCGGAGGAGAGACGUGGUCACAGGGGCCUGACUGACGUGAGAGAUCUGAAAGUGGAGCGGGCAUCAGCCACAGUGAGCGUGGGCAGGAUGAGGGGAAUCCCAGAUCCCAUGAUGGGUGUGGAUGAAAACACUCCUGAGUUCCCCGUCAUCACCUACAGAUAUCACAUUUCAUACGACUCCUUCAGUCCACAAGCUCCUGUUACACCGACGUCGGACAGUGAGCCUAAAUUUGUGACAGAAAACAUCUCCAGUGAUGCCGACCUGCCGUCAAACAAAAACUGUGCAAAAGAUAAAGAAUCGUCCACACAGAUGGAUGCAGACGACCCGAUGGUGCACACUCAUGGUACCAGUAACACCCUCACCUUCUCCAAACACCUGAUUUCCUCUCUCGCAGCGUCGAGGCGCAGCACGUCAAAGCUGCCGUGGGCCGAGUGCGUGGACUUCAGCGACACACAAACACACGCUGUCCGUGAUCUGAGCGGGUUUAAGAGAUUCCUCAAACAAGGACUUCAUCUUAGGAUAGAGGAAGAGAAGGUCCUCUCAUGGCCCUCACCUUCAGAGGACGUCACUGCAGCCAAACCAAACCCAGCAGUUAAAGAGAAGAAAGGCGGGAAAGGAAAAGAAACCCCGAACAAAGCUGGUUCAAACAAAGACAAGAGUAAAGACAAAAAGAAGAAGUCAGCACAGGAGCUGAUUCACAACGCCCCCGUCACAAGAGUCCUGGCGUCCGUCCACGUCCCCCUGCUGAACCUGCUCAAAACAGGUCAAACGAUCGACGUCCUCUGUGAGUUUGGCGUUCUGCAUGCGGAGUCCGAGUCGGGAGCUGCGCUGACAUAUAAGAAGAUCCAAAACGCCCUAAAAUAA